AUGGAGCCUUAUGGCCAUUAUACGAGAGCGGAGGGGAUUGAGCAUACUAUCGACCUCCCUGAAGACGACCCCGACAUCGUGGACCGCUUCUUCCAGUUUCUCUAUGCCGGUAAUUACUCCGAUGGAGAGUAUUUCCAUGGUUUGCCGUCAAAGGAGGCCAUGAUGAGCCUUGGAGUGGUUUCAGAGAGGCUCGAAGAAACGCUGGGUCCCGAUCAAUACAUCAACCUAGAAGCCCCCAUUACAACAACCCGCCAAGGCGACGAUGAGGGCGACGAUGAAGACGACGAGGAGGGAGAUGGAGAUUAUACGCCAGACAGCCAGGGUGCAAAUAUGGGCGAACAAGACAUUGAUCAAGAACCUCUGGAAUACCACUCAGAGGCGUCGGACUACACAGACCCCGACGAAUUAUACGACCCAGACUUGCUGAAGGAUGAGACAUUGAAUAAGGACAAGCUCCCUCCUUGGAUCGGGAACUAUCAAAUGGAAUACCCAGUCACGAGCAUCAUCGUAUCGCUCCGGGUUUACGUCAUGGCCGACAAGUACGACGUUCCAGCACUCAAGCUUUUGGCCAAGGAGCGCUUUGUGCGGACUGUAGAGAAUUUCUGGCUGACAUAUGCCGACUUCCCAGCUGUGGUCGAUGAGCUAUUCGCGUCCACGAUGCCGAAUGAUCCCCUCCAAAUCUUCGUCUGCGAGCUGGUGGUCUGCCAGUACCAUGUCGACUCAGAUGUCCGGGCCAGAAUGAAGCCAGUCAUGGAGAGACAUUCCGGGUUUGCUGUUGGUGUCCUUGAGAAGAUGGUUGCUCUUACCCAGAUGUAG